CCACAAUCCAGACCAUCCAGAACCAACCAGCAAAGAAACAAACAAUGUCCUCGCAAGUACCCACACCUCGACAAUUCCUAACAUCCCUAAUAGAAAGCCUAAACUCAAUCCCUACUCCCACUCCCACUACCCCACAACCUAACACAACAACCGGAACCGGGAACCCGCUGAAGCUCGUCCCGCCGGCGCACCGCCCGCUCCUCACCACUUUAUACGCGCUAUACCCGUUGACUCUCCUACCAGCCUUAGACUUACUAGACAGACGUCUCGCAACGCGCAUCAUCAUCGCGCCGCCCUCCCAUCAUCAACAGGGAGGCGCAACAACAACAACAACACCAGCACCAGCACCACCACAACCCCCCGAAGAAAAGGGGCAGCCACCAAGCCAUCAUCACUCCUUCUACAUAGUCCGCUCCGCGCAACCCCAACACCCCCGGCGCGACACCGCCUCCGCCUCCGCCCCGGGCCCGCGGUACGUCGUGCGCCUCUCAUCCUGGAACUGCAGCUGCGCCGCCUUCGCCUUUGCCGCGUUCCCGCGGGGCGAGGACCGCUACGUCAUUAAUACCGCACCCCGCCAGCCCUCCAAAGACGACGCGCUGGAAUGGCAAUUCGGGGCUCUGAGCCUCGACGGCGUCCAAGGAAGCGGGAUCGCCGGGGUGCCGUGCUGCAAGCACUUGCUGGCGUGCGUGCUGGCUGAGAGGUGGAGUGCUGUGCUUGGUGGGUAUGUGGAUGAGAGGGUUGUUGGGAGGGAGGAGGCUGCGGGUUUGGUGGCGGAUGUAUGAGGAGGUAGGUAGGUGUGUAUGUCGGAAGGAAGGGUCGUUUUAUGACAUGACAUGGUGAAUGAUGAAUGAAGUGACGAGUAUUUUAUCCCUAGGAAGGGCUAUAAUGUAAUAGCGUAUAAACACCGGCAUACAACUAUCGCCUAUGAGGAAGUAAGGCUUA